CGACCAAUCAGCGUCAGCGGAGGAACUUCAGAGUGGAACUUCGGGGUUAGAGUUUCAGACCAGUGAGAGCGUUUUUGGCACAACCAGGACGCGCAUCUGUCCUCCUGAAAGCGUUAUCCGUGCUUAUCGUUUUACAUGUCUGUCUUUUUAUAACAUCAUUUGAGAAACAAUACGAGUCGUUAGAAGCUCCGGGAUGUACACCGCCGGGCUCAACCCGUUUUACGCAUCCAAUUUCAGCCUCUGGUCGGCAUACUGCGCCGGAGGCUUCGCUGUGGAUACCAUAAAGAAGCCGUCGUUUUGCAUCGCAGACAUUUUGCAAGCAGGAGAUGCGGAGAACAUCCCCGGAUCGUCCGCCCUCAUGGUGCACAUGGGACACCACCAUCACCACCAUCACCAGCAGCAGCAGCGCGCUCAGCAGGCGCACUCCGGCGGCUCUCCGCUGCGUCCUGCUCCCGUCGCGCCGGAGCCUUCAUCGGUGUUCGGAGCCAGACUCAGCCCGGCGUCUCCGUACAACAGACACGGACUGCAGCUCACCACCGUCUCUAGGACGCCGUUCAAUUCCCAGCAGGCACCCCCGCCUUCAAGUAAAGACCUCAAAUUCGGAAUCGAUAGGAUUUUAUCCACAGACUUUGAUCCAAAAUGCAAAGAAAAGUCUUCUCUAAGAGAUCUCACCUCCAUCGUUAGCUCGAACCGUCAGUCAGGCCUCCACAUCCCUAUUCAACCUCCAGCCAGCCCCUACUUCUCCUCCAUAGACCCCGGGAUGAGCGACGCGUCCUCCAUGAUGGGCUCACUAGGCAGCGGCAGCGGCAGACACGCAGGCCAGCAUCAGUUUCAGGACACCUUCCCAGGUCCCUACGCAGUGCUCACGAAAGACACAAUGCCACAGACGUACAAGAGGAAAAGGUCAUGGUCGAGGGCCGUGUUUUCGAACCUGCAGAGGAAAGGCCUGGAGAAGAGAUUUGAAAUACAGAAGUAUGUCACCAAGCCUGACAGAAAACAGCUGGCGGCCAUGCUGGGGCUCACAGACGCUCAGGUAAAAGUGUGGUUCCAGAACAGGCGCAUGAAGUGGAGACACUCCAAGGAGGCCCAGGCUCAGAAGGACAAGGAGAAGGACGAGAAGCCGGAGAAAGGAGCCUCAGAGGCGGGGGGACUGGAGCCGAAGGAGCCGACAGAGUCCGAGUGCGAGAGCGAGGCUCGGAGCGACAGCGAGUCGGACGAAGCCGAGGAGGAAGAGAGCGGAGACGGACAUUUGGACAUUUCUGAGCUCAACAACAACAAGACCAGCGUGAUCAUGAGCGGGAGCGCUCAGGCGGCCACCGCGGACUCCUGCCCCACGCCCACGGACACGGCAACGGCAACGGCGUCGCAGGUGUUGGUAUGAAAAAAAAAAAAAAAUGAAAAAAAAAAAGAAAAUAAAAUAAAAAUCAGGCCACGAACAAUGAAGGAACGUCUGUUAGCCUAUUUUUGUCUGAAGAGCCUCAGUGACAUUAAAGACCCGCGGAGUGUUUAGCGUCUGCAUCCGGAAACAGGUCAGUUCACUUCCAGCGAGCAGCAGUGGGAGCUCAGAGACCGAUUCAUUCUUGCACACUAUUGUAGCCCAGCAGGCAGAAGGAGCAUGGUGAAAAAGUGUGAAUUUUAUUAGAUUUUGCUGUUUUAUCUUCUAAUUAUUUUUUCAUCGCUUAACCGGACAUAAUUUAAACUUAUUUCUGGCCUAUAAUUACUGUCUUGAAUAGAGCUGCAGAGUUGAGGAUGAUGAUGAUGAUGACAACGAUGAUGAUGCGGUUGCGGAUUUUAUUGUUAUUGCAGGAACCACUCGACUUAUGUUGUAAAUGAAAUCUUUGGACAACUGCAGUAUUAUUACAUAUUUGUUUGUUUUGAUACAUAGAUGUGCUAUUUUGUUAAAAGUAAUUUGCACUGAAAAAUGUAAAUAAAAUGUUUUUACUUGGGAAAAUC